CCCCCACGCGACUCAUUUAGUGUAGAAGUAAACUAAUGAACAAAACAGAGGAGAUAUGUGUCCGGCCCAACAUCGCUAAACCCCUCCUCUCCCGCAUCGGCCCGCACAACGCCUCCCUAAUCCGCAUCGUCCUCGCCGAAUACUCCGCCGCCGCGGAAGAGCUGUCGCAGCUCGCGCCCCACGCCACGCACCCUCCCAUCACCCUAUCUUUCGUCCACACCCUUCUUUCCAGCUUCAACAUCUCCAUGGCCCAACUCCGCGUCUUCGCCAUCAGCAUCAUUCCCUACGGAUUCGACCAAGCAACUAGGGACCUAAUGAAGUUGCAGGCGAAAACCAUCAUGGGGAUGAUGCCGUUGCGAGUCAAGUGGCUAGAUGCCAAGAAUGAGCCGGAGCAGUUGGAGAAGGUCAUCGAGGGGAUUUGCGCGCGGGAGAACGGGUGGGAGAAGGCGGAUUACUACGAGGAUGUCGAUUCGAAGAUUGGGCUGAGGUGGGCGUCGCCGUUCUCGGGGAGGUUGUGGAUUAAGUAUGGGGCGGAGUGAGGAGUUGAUGCUCGCGUGACGGGGGUUGAUUCGCGACUGGGCCGGGAGGGAGGGAAAGGCUAGCAAGGGAAGCAGCUGGGCUUGGGACUGUCGGAAUACGUGCGAACGCGCCUAACGCAACAGCCCGGAUGGGCACGACU